AUGCGUCUUGCUGAGGAUCGCUUUCGAGCUAAAGAAAAGGAAUGGUGGCGAAUUGAAUCUGCACUUCGAGGUGAAAUCGACUUUUUAAAGAAUAAUAAUGACCAGGGAGGUAGGGAAGUCUAUCGCGCCUUUCAGGAGCAGUUGGCCUCUUUCAAACAAGAAGUCACUGCUUUUCGAGGUGAACGUAGGACAAGUCGUGUUCCAUUCAGCUUUCCUAUGGGAGGCACCACAAUCGAUGAUGAAGAUGAACGUAUCAGUGAACUUGAAACAGAGGUACAAACGAAUACAAGCCGAAUUAAAGCUCUUGAAGAGAUUAAUACUAGCUUGACUCGAAAGAAUGCAGAUGUUUCAAAAGAAAAUGAGAAACUUCGAGAAGAAAUUGAAAAUCUUCAGGACAAAUGUUCCCGUAUUGAAGAUCGCUCAAGUGAACGUGAGGUUCGUAUAAAGGAACUAGAAGUGCUUCUUGCUUCUGCUAAAAAGAACACUGUUUUACCUGUGGGUUCUGAACAUAAGCAUACCACCAAAAACGAUAAGUUUUCAGAACUCGGAAUUGAGGAUAUUUUGCGAGAAAACGCAGAGUUACAAGCUUCUUUACAACGUUAUGAACGACAGAUUACUGAUUUAAAGGCUUCCCAUGAACAACAACUUGCGUUUCAAGAGGCUCGCCAAAAUGAGCAACUGACACAAAUUGGAGAUCUGUUGCGGCAAAGUGAAGGUACUCGAUUACGUUCAUCACCACAUAACUCAUUAAAAGCAUCUGCAGCAGAUCUUUUUCAAGAGUUACAAGAUCUUAUCUUGAAGGAGAAUGAUCAAAGUCUGAGAAGGAAAGGUGAAAUGGAUUCUGUUGUGGUCGACAAAUUUUUAAAGGACAAGAUCGACUGCGUUGAUGAUGUCAUGCGUUCGCUUGAGGCUGCAUGGGCGAAUGAAGAAGAAUCCAAGAGGGAAAUCAUAAAGUUGCGUCAUGAAAAUGCUGAACUUGUCGCUGCAAUUGGGGGCAGUGAACAACGUGGAAAGGAAGAUGAAUUACGCAGAGACGUCCCGCAUUUGGAUCCUCGAGAAGAACAACGUCAAAGAGAUAUUCAACGCGAACAAGCUGAAAGGGAUCAUCUUACGGAGCAGCUUGAUAGCUUGCAGUAUGAUAAUAAACUCAAGGACGAUAAAAUCCAUGAUCUUCAGGCUCGUUUGAACGAAUUGGAAAAUCGCCUCAAAAAUGAUCAAGAGUUUUUACGGCGGCAUGACAAUAUAUCAAAGGAAAAUGCAAUUGAACAGAGAAUGAGGAAACUUGAGGCGGCUAUUGUAGAAAAAGAGGCCGAUCUAAGUGAAUUUUCAAAAUCAAAAGAUAAAAGAAUUCAAGAAUUAAAUUCCCAGUUGGCAGCAAUGCGGAAUGCGAAUGAUGGGCUGUGGAAGCAGCUUGUUAAUCUUCAAGAGAAAAACUCAGCAAGUCAAGGACGUCCAUCAAGUGGACGCGCUUCUCGAACACCACGAGGAAGUGCAAGACGUCAUUCUAUAGAACAUUUGGCUUAUUCCCAAACAUCUACCCAAGCCUCAGAAGAAAGAAGAAGAACUGUUGUUGCCGACGGAGCGCAUCUUGCCGUUACAAUUGUUGAAUUGUCUGAUGUGAUGCGAAAUGGCAAACCUAUUACAGAACCUGGAUACGUUAUUAUAAAAGGGAAGUCGGUAAAGGAGAAGUACAAGACCUCUGUCAAGGAGUUGGCAUCAGUUAUAAGGUUCGAUGAGACGUUUAUCUUUUAUCUUGCUCAGCCUGAUGAGGAUGUGAUAACGCUUCAUGUCUACUAUAAGGCAAAAAACAGCUCACGUGAAUUUCAUGUUGGUGAUGCUUGUUUUACAAUG